UUGGCGCGAGAGAUUCGACCGGAGAUGGCGCGGGCGGUGGAGGGCGUGGGGGAUUUUGAGACGCGCGCGGCGUGGCGGUUCGGUUCGCGAGUGUUGGCGCCUUUGAUUAAGAUGGUGGCGCCCAGAGACGCGUACGCGGUGACGUGCGUGGGGAAAAAGCUGAGAAUCGACGGCGAGUUGAGAGGGAUCGAUUCCGAGGCGUUGGUGCGGUCGAUGAUGCCGAAAUGGCGACGAGGGAAGUUUAGCUUGAUUUACGACGGCGACGCGGGCGAACGCGCGGCGCUUUGGUUCGUCGAUCACGAAUCGCGAGAGGUGGUGAACGCGAUGGAAAAACCCACGAGACGGGACGGCGAUGAUGCCGACGCGGCGUCGACGAGCGAUGCGCCGCCGCUCACGGAGGAGGAGAUGAUUGACGCGAUCACGGACGCGUUGCUCGCCGAGGGUGCGGCGAAGAAGAAGGUGCGAACGGAGGGUUUCAAAUUCGCACCGGUGAAAGGAUGGAUCGCGGGAAAAGCCAGCGCGUGGAUUGGAGGACGCAAGGCGGAAAUUUGGGAGGCGACAGCGAAGCUGGCGCGCGAGACUGUGGCGCCGGGAGGGGGAUUUAAACUCGACGGUUCGUUUGAGGAGUACGUGGAGAGCGCGAACGACGCGCGAGAAAACGUCGUCACGCGCGCACCUUUGGGCGAGUCUUCGAAAGAUAAAUCCGGGUUAAACAUCGAUGAUAGUAAGGACAUGCCACAGCGUCUUCGUAAGAUGUCGGCGCGAUGUUGGCUCGUGCGCGACUUCCCUUUAAAGGCGAGUCAGGCGUCGCAGAUUUUGGACGUCUUGGAGCGUGCGAAUAAAAACGCCGCGCACGUGAACCGCGUGGUGAAGUAUUGGUGCUCAAACCACGAAAACAUGUUUCCGGUGAAGAUCCAAGUCCCGCUUAUGCUCACGAUUUACGCCCAAGUGCAAUUUAAAGAUUUCAAAGCGCUCGACAAGCGCGCUCGGGAAGCCAAGUUGCGAGACGGCUUCUUCGAAAUUCCGUCGGAUUAUCGCGUGAAAUCUGUGGAUGAGAUGCUCGCUGAAGUGGAAGAGCGCGCAAAUCGUGACAUGGAACGCAUCGAGGCGCUGGAUGAGUCGCUGGACGUCGAUAACGAGACGGAAGAAAUUCGACAGUUGCGCGUCGAACUAGAACGCCUGGCGAAAAACACGUCGGGCGAAGACGAAGGCGACGAUGAAUACGAGUUUGACGACGACGACGACGACGAAGACGAAGACGACGAAAACUUAGAUGCCGAUAGAAUGAAUGUACGCUAG